CAUCUUGCAGUCAUUCAUCUCCCGUGCUCCGAAGUGACUGUACUAGAUGUUUAGGCAUGUUGGACCACCUUGCGUUGUGUUAGAUGUGUGUUUUUGGAGCGUUAGAGGGUUGGUGUGUUAAUUAGCACUGUAGCGGUCAUAUGGUCUGUAUAAGAAAGGGCCCAGUUAUUCCACGAAGUUGACAUAUUCUUCAACAUUUCAGCCCCCCAACUUCACAUAUAUUUGACAAGGCUUUCGUAGGCGUUUGGAGCAUUCCCAUGGGUAGAUUAGUGACCCUGGUUGUAGUUUAACCCUUCUUCUGUACCUUGAACCUAAAAGAACACUCAUGAGGAACCCAACUGAUCCUCUUUUUGGUCUUUGGAAGUAGUUGAUAUGUGAGAAAGGCGGAUCAAAGCGUCUAAAUGAGAAUAGCAACCUUUUAUAAUCAAGUUACGGUUCGCUCAAGUGGCUGAUAGACGAAUGGGACGGGGAGGUCAUUGAAGGUUGACAGCUGUUGUUUGCCUCCCUCCCUCAAUCCCUGCCUCCUUCCCCCCUUCGCCUUCCACGAUCUCCACGUCGUUCAAAGCCACCGUCUUGCCCGCCUUCCUUCGUCAUGAGUGCCGCCAAAGUUCGUGACCUUGAGGACUUCGUGGAGGAGUGCCCCGGGGAUUCGAGUGAGGCAGGUCGGGCCGAGGUGUGCCAGGCGUGUCCAGGGAAGGAGCUGUGCCUGUCCCAAGGCAGCCAGACGGACCCCGAGCAGCAUGUCAUCACCACCAGACUGGGCGCCAUCAAACACAAGAUCCUGGUGCUGUCUGGAAAAGGUGGAGUAGGCAAAUCCACGAUGGCGGUGCUGCUGGCUCAGGUAUUGGCGGGGGAGGGCCAGCGCGUGGGCCUCCUGGAUGUGGACGUGUGUGGCCCAAGCAGUCCGCAUCUCCUGGGGGUGGAGGAUCAGCCAGUGCUUGACUCGCAGUGGGGUUGGCAGCCUGUCGUGUCCCCUCUCGGCAAGAUCAAAACCCUUUCUGUUGGGUCUUUACUGAGCUCCUCGACACAGGCAGUGGUGUGGAAAGGCCCCCGCAAGACAGCCCUCAUCAGGCGCAUGAUCAAGGACACGUUGUGGGGCCGCCUGGACACCCUGGUAGUGGACACCCCGCCAGGCACCAGCGACGAGCACCUCACAAUCGUCCGGCUGCUGUCGACGGCCCGGCCCAGCGGUGCGGUGGUGAUGACGUCCCCGCAGCGGCUCUCGGCAGGUGUGGUGAGCCGCGAGAUCAGGUUUUGCCAGAAGAUGAACAUUCCAGUCCUGGGCAUCAUUGAGAAUAUGUCUGGCUUCUGCUGUCCCUGUUGCUCGGAGGUGAGUGAGGUGUUCCCAGGAGGUGCAGGGGCUUACCUGGCCGAGAAGUAUGGGGUGCCCCUGCUCGGCUCACUGCCUCUGCACCAAGGCCUGGCCGGGGCGGGGGUGAGUGCAGUGUGGCAGGAGUCCCCCGUGGCGCCGGCCGUGAGGGAGGUGGUGGACAGGAUCAAGGAGAAGUUAUAGGUUGGUAUUGUCAGACACCUCCGCCCCUCACACCAACUAUAUUUAAAGGCCAAAAAGGAGAUCAGUUGCAUCCUCGUGAGUGUUUUCUUAGGUUCACGGUACAGAGGAAGGGUCAAAAUACCACCAGGGUCAUCAAACUACCCCGGGAUAUGCCCCAAACUCUUAGGAAAGCCUUGCCAAAUAUGUGUACUUGGGCGGCAAAAUGUUUGAGGAUAUGACCCUACGUAGUGUCAAGCGCUCACCGUCUGGACCUUGAGGCGUGGAGUGUGGACAGACGGGUACAAAAUAAAAAGUAUUAUAUUUUUUGUAGGAAACUAUGAAGCCAUGCAUAGUUUUAUCAUACCUAGUGGAGUAGUGGCACUUUCAUGAGGUAUAGUUUCAAUACACAAUGUUUGGAAGACUGUAUGUUGUGGUAUUACUGUCGAAAACUUUGUAGCUUUUGGCAUGAUGGUUUCGACAUAUAGUAUUAUAUUUCUGUGACAAACGUAAUUUUGUCACAUCUAGUAGAGUAACAGCACUUUCAUGGAGGUAUACUUUCACUACACUAUGUUUGGAAGACUGUACUUAGUGGUAUUAUUGUAGAAAACUAGGUAGCUACUGGCAUAAUGGUUUUCACAUAAUGGCACUAUAUUUUUGUAAGCUAUAUCACUCAUAAUUUUGUCACAUCUAGUAGAUUAACAGCACUUUUAUGGAGGUAUACUUUCACUACACUAUGUUUGGAAGACUGUAUGUAGUGGUAUUAUUGUAGAAAACUAGGUAGCUACUGGCAUAAUGGUUUUCACAUAAUGGUACUAUAUUUUUGUAAGCUAUAUCACACAUAAUUUUGUCACAUCUUGUAGAGUAAUAGCACUUUCAUGGAGGUAUACUUUCACUACACUAUGUUUGGAAGACUGUACGUAGUGGUAUUAUUGUAGAAAACUUGGUAGCUAUUGGCAUAAGGUUCUUGCAUCCAGUGUUAUAUAUCUGUAACAUACAUAAUUUGGUCACAUCUAGUAGAGUACCACUGCUUUCAUGGAGGUAUACUUUCAAUACACUAAUGUUUGGAAUUCUGUAGUGCUAUUAUUGUAAACAAGGUACUGAUAUCAUUGUUCUCAUAUUUAGUAGAGUAUGACCACCACCAUAGGUUUAUUAAUGUAUGGAAGACUGUAGUGGUAUUAUUGUAAACUAGGACGCUACUGACGGUAUCUAGAGUAUCACCACCACCAUAAAGGUUUUCUAAUGUAUGUAAGACAGUGGUGGUAUUUUUGUAGAGGAUGUUACUGAUAUAAUUGUUGUCACAUCUAGCAGAGUGUCACCACUGUCAUGGGUUCUGUAGUUGUAGUGUGAAUUUUGUUGAUUUACUGUAAGAUAAAAUUAUAUUGAAUGUAGAGACAUCAGAUUAGUAAUGUAAUAGUAGCUCUGUUUACCCUCGUGAAUUAUUUCCUAAACGCAAUAACAGAUCCCUAAAUAUGGGGAGGGUGAAGUCGCUCAGCUUUAGUUGAUAAGCAACUUAUUCUCUAAGUAACUGAACUUAAGUAAUGGCAAUAAAUACAAAAAUAUGUAUAAAUUAUUUAAUGACCUGCUUUGUCACACAGCUUCAUCAACUUCGUUAAAAUCGAUGAUUAACAUUUUAUAUUAGUCUUAUAAAGUCCAUAUUUACAAUAUAUUUUAUAAAGAAAUAACUAUGAUUUCCUAUUGCACAAAAAAUGAUCUAAAACUAGAAUUGUCAUGAAGCUUCACGAGAACAACAUGAGAUGAGAAACUGUGUCAAUGUAAUACCUGUUUGGAAGACUGUAACUAAGCUGAGAGAGAGAGAGAGAGAGAGAGAGAGAGAGGAGAGGAGA